CCCACCUGUAUUCCUCUUGUCCUCUAACCAUUCUCACUACGUGUUUAUAAGCAAUUCAUAUUCUUCAUACACGCUAGAAAUGGCGGUCAAGCAACCUGAUCUAGAGUUCGCCGACCGGUCGGACGAAAACGGCUUCGUGACCUUCUUCCGCAACCUCCCCCCGCUCACGGACGCGAAUGUCGUCCGAAUCUUCUCUCGCGGAAGCUACUACUCCGUCCACGGCCAGGAUGCCAUCUACGUCGCGCAGAACGUCUACCGAACUCUCACCGUUCUGAAAUACUUUGGUAACUCGGACCCCGAACACGGUCUCGCGUCCUGCACCUUCACCGAAGCCGUGUUCCGCAGCUUCUUGCGCGACGCGCUGUUCAACCUCGGCCUCAAGAUCGAGAUCUACGCGAGCAAAGGCAGGAACCAGUGGGAGAUCAAAAAACGCGCGUCGCCAGGAAACAUCCAGGACGUCGAGGAUCUUCUUUCCGGAGGCGACUCGAGCCCGGUCGUGAUCGCCGUGCGCGUCACGUCCAAGGCGGAGCAGAAGGUUGUCGGCGUAUGCUUUGCGGACGCGUCGGCGCGCGAGCUUGGGGUGUCUGAGUUUGUCGACAACGAGCUGUUUUCGAAUCUCGAGUCGCUUGUAAUUCAACUUGGCGUGAAGGAGUUGCUGCUGCAGCAGGACGAGGCGAAAAAAGAUUACGAUCUGAAAAAGAUCCGGGGAAUUGCCGAUCGCUGCGGCAUCGUGAUUACCGAGCGCCGCGCCGCCGACUUCAACGCUCGCGAUAUCGAGCAGGAUCUGUCGCGGCUGCUGGAAGGCGAUCUUUCGCCAUCGAUGCUGCCGCAGACAAGUUUAAAGAACGCGAUGGCAGCAGCAGCCUGUUUGGUUUCGUACCUCUCGCUCAUGGCUGACUCCACCAAUUUCGGCCAGUACAGACUUUACCAGCACGAUCUUUCGCAGUACAUGAAACUCGACUCGUCCGCCGUCCGCGCGUUGAAUCUGAUGCCUGGCCCGCGCGACGGCGCAAAGAGCAUGAGCCUGUACGGUCUGCUGAACCACUGCAAAUCCGCCGCCGGUGCGCGCCUGCUAGCGCAGUGGCUCAAGCAGCCGCUGAUGGACCGGGACGAGAUUGAGAAACGACAUGCGCUGGUCGAGACCUUUGUGGACGAUAUCCAGACGCGGCAGGCGUUACAGGAAGAGCAUUUGCGCGCGAUCCCGGACUUUCACAAGAUUGCAAAGAAGUUUCAGCGUGGAUCGGCGGGGCUGGAGGAAGUCGUGCGGGUGUAUCAGACUGUGAUUAGACUGCCUGAUCUACUUGAUACUCUAAAAGCCGUUGAGGAAAGUGCUGAUGGCGACGAGCAAGCCUCAACAAGGGCAUCGUUGAUCUCAGAGACAUACACAGAGAGCAUCUCGGAGUACUACGAAGGUCUGCAGAAACUGGUCGAGCUCGUUGAGACCACGAUCGAUCUCGACGCGCUGCAGGCGCACAAGUUCAUAAUCAAGCCUGAGUUUGAUGAUUCGCUGCGAAGUAUGAAUGAGAAAAUCACUGAGAACGAGGCGAUAAUCAAUGAUCUGCAUUUAUCUGCCGCAGAGGUAUUGGGAUUGGAUGCUGAGAAGAAGCUAAAGCUUGAGAAGCAUCAGGUUUAUAACUGGGUAUUCAGAGUUACCCGAAACGACGGCGCUGCGAUUCGAGGCGAUCGCCGCUUCAGAGAACUCUCGACCCAGAAAAACGGUAUUUACUUCACGACCGACGCUCUACAAACCUGCAGCGACGAGCUGAAAACUCUCGAGGAGUCCUACCACCGUCUGCAAUCCGGCCUGGUGCGCGAGGUCGUCAGCGUCGUGGCCACGUACUGCAACGUGUUUGAGAAGCUCGGCGCCGUGCUCGCGCAUCUGGAUGUGAUUGUCAGUUUUGCACAUGUCUCGAGCACCGCGCCGACGCCGUACGUCAGGCCGAAAAUGCACGCGCGCGGGGCGGGCGACACCGUCCUCAAAUCCGCGCGCCAUCCGUGCAUGGAGGUGCAGGACGACAUGAACUUCAUUCCCAACGACGUCUCGCUCGUGCGCGGACACUCGGAGUUUGUAAUCAUUACCGGCCCAAACAUGGGCGGCAAAUCGACCUACAUCCGUCAGAUUGGCGUGAUUGCGCUCAUGGCGCAGGCAGGGUGUUUUGUGCCCUGCGACGAGGCCGAGAUCUGCAUAGUCGACUGCAUCCUCGCGCGCGUGGGCGCCGGCGAUUCGCAGCUCAAGGGCGUGUCGACGUUUAUGGCGGAGAUGCUUGAGACCGCGUCGAUUCUGAAGUCGGCCUCGUCCGAGAGUCUGAUUAUCAUCGACGAGCUCGGGCGCGGGACGUCGACGUACGACGGGUUCGGGCUCGCGUGGGCGAUUUCGCAGCAUAUCGUGAGGGAGAUUAAGUGCUUUGGUUUGUUCGCGACGCAUUUCCAUGAGCUUACCGGGCUGUCGGAGCAGUACCCUCAAGUUCAGAACCUGCACGUCGUCGCGCAUGUGGAAACAGUCAAGGCCGCGCACGAAGCGCAUAUGAACCAGCGCGAACUGAGCGGGAAGGAAAUCACGCUGCUGUACAAGGUGGAAGAAGGAGUCAGCGACCAGUCUUUUGGAAUCCACGUCGCGGAGCUGGUGCGGUUCCCGGAGAAAGUCAUAAACAUGGCGAAACGCAAAGCCAACGAACUCGAAGCCAUCACUACGACCACGUCAGACAACGGCGAGCGGCCGUCGAAAUGCAGCAAGACAGAGGUCGAGGACGGGUCUGAGCUUUUGCGACAGGUGCUCAAGGAGUGGCGCGCUAGGACGAAGGAUCUGGAUGUGUCGAAUAGAACGGAGAUGAUUGCGCAGUUUAAAGAAAUUGUUGGGUCAGGAGAAUGGAGGGAGAAGUUGGCUGGUAGCGCGUUCAUUCAGGAAGCGCUUGUGUUGUAGGCUUUGGAAUGGAAUGGUAUAUGCUUAUAUUUCUUAUUCAACGUGAUCUUUCAGACAUCUUUCUCUUUCCGGACUACGAAUGUAACAUAUUAAAUGCAGUUAUCUGAUAUAACCGUAAUCAAGUCAAAAUCUGAGCUGCAGAAUACAUCCACAGACCGCAC